AUUAUCCUGCUAUGAAAUACCUCCAUUCAUUUUAUGAGUUGUUUACAUUUUCCUGGAAUGGCGAUUAAUAUUGUUCAUCUCUGAAACAGAUACAGAUCAGAAGGGAACUUUGUUAUCAUGGAAAUCCAAGGACAAGAUGAGUUGAGAGAUCCGACAUUAGAAGAGCUUGGUUUACAUCCCCACUGUCUGAACUGCAUCACCAAACGCUGUAACGUCUCUGUUCAACCGGGGGUAUCAUGUGCACAUAUCUACUGCCCAUUCAAGUGUGGUGCCUAUUUUCAUCAGUGCAAGGCCGAUGACCACAGCGAGUUAUGUCAAAAUGUCAAGACAGAGUGUCUGAACUCUAAACUUGGUUGCCAGGCGAUAAUGAGACGCGCUCUAUGCAUCAACCAUCUCCAGCAGUGCCCUGCCCAUGUCAUCAUGUGUGGCCAGUCGAUAGCAAGAGAUGACUAUGAGAGUCACUUUUGUGAUGGUCAUGAUCAUGAGUGUGAGCCUGUCCUUGGGGUGUGGAAGGAGCAACGUAGAGCCUUGAUGGAACCUGCAGAACCUGCAGAGGAAACAGCGGGGUCAGCAGAGGUCGGGUCAAAGGGCAAAGAGGAGAAAGAAGGGGAUGGCGUGGUUGAGAAGAAGGAUGAAACGGACAGUGCAGGGAAGAAAGAUGAAGAUGUAAAGUCCUCCUCAACGCCCAAGCCUCAGGAUCCUCUCCACACCGUGCCCUGGCAGCUGAGGGAUCAGGGGAUGGAAGGAGAAGGGGAGCAAGACGGGGAAGACGAAACAACUGCUCCCCUCUCCCCUCCUCCUCUAUCCCCUCCCCCCGUCUUGCCAUCCCCAGAUGAGUCUGUGCAACUCAGUCUCCUGCCUUACGGGAUCCUCCAGGAGAUUGGGCUCCACCUGGACCGGGAGUCACUCCAUGAGCUUGCCCUCACUUCCCUCUUCUUCAGGGAAGUGGCCGCAUCCCUCCUCCGGAAGAAGGGACUGGUGGAAACGAGAUGGAAGAAAGAGGAUGACAAAUGGAUGGAAGAUGGAAGGAUUUGGCGGUAUGUCCCGGCACAUCUCAAACCAGAACCGAAGGAAAGUUAGAGCUACGUACCGUACUCAUAUUUCAUAUUUGAAAUAUUCUUUUUAAAUAAAAGAUACGGGGAGAAUAAAAUAAUUUGUAAUUCAGAAUUGUUAGUUUAUUGAAUUUGGUGUCUAGGCAACUAUAUAUGAAUGUAGAUCUUAGGAAUUAAAAGCAAUAUAUUAUAUUUUUAUGGUCCAAAUACAUAUGGAUGAUCAGAACAGGCACAGUACUUACAGGAUAAUGUUUUAAGAUUAGUCUUACAAAUAGUUUUUAAAGAUCUACAUUUGCAUGCUAACAUCAUGAGUUUGAAAUAUUUCAAAGGAGCAAUUUUCUUGAAAGUGGCUUUAUAAUGACCGAGCAGGCCUCAAUACUUAUUCAAUGACUUUUCCUCAUCAUGUGUGGUGAGUUUCAGUUCCUAUUUUAUAAACGGGUUAUUUUUAUACUGAGCACGUAAAUGUCUUUGUUAAUACCUCUGAAGUUAAGCCUUUUCAUAGAAUUUUGAUUGUUAAAGCUGUAAUGAUUUAAAGUUCUUUGAUUUAAGUAUACUGGUAAUGGAGAAA